UCUGGCCAGGAACUGGAAUGGCAAUCAAGCUAUUUUGAAGACGAACCCCCAAAGAAAGAAAAACUACCCACGGAAACCCAGGAGCGAACCGAUUCGGAGUACCUUUCAUUUCGACGGAGUUCCAAAACCUAUAUAGGUAGACGGGCGGUCUGUAAUAGCUCGAAUUCGCGAUUGGCGGUUCAUAAAUUUCAUGCAAGCGACAUUUAUCAGUGACCCAAACACGAUGGGGAGGGGUCCGAGCCAUUAAUUUGUACGGGUACCACAGUCAAGAAGAAAAAACUUUUGCCAAGACGAAAGUUUUUUUCCGCUUCUUCUUCGCGUUUUCUCUCAGCUCCUUCUUCGCAGCAGCAAUUUUUGUGCCUGUGUUCCCGAGCCUCUUUAAGGUUGGUUGGGUUUGUUGGGUUGCCAAGAGCAGACGGCACACAUCACCCUUUAAAAGCCUCUGGAGAUCGACUCCACUCUUCGCUGCUUGGUUGCUUGCUUGCUUGGUUCAUUUGGGUUAGCUCCUCUAGCGGACUCUUUCUAGGUUCAAGUUUCGGCCCUUGUGACUUUGGGCCGACAGCUGCCUGUACACGUACACGAACUCUGGAUGGAGCCGUAGACUUGUUGUAGCAGACGAAAUGGAAUGACCUCUCUCGGGGGAACCACUCCGAAGUUCUGACUUAUUUCUUUCCUCGCCAACCAAAGACAGAACGAAGGACGAGAAGAAGACGAGGUGACUGAUAAAACAGUUUGGAACAAUUCCUGCCCAUCAACACCCAUCUCUCUUUUGUCAUUGGGACGAAGGGGACGGCACUUUUCUCUCAGGACUUGAAUGAUUUGACAAUUUGGUGGCCCGACUGACGGAUAGAUUGAUGCAAUCACUCUCCUCAAAGAGAGUACGAGAAAGUGUGUGAGAAAUUGAAUCGUCUUCCAAAUGUGGCUCAAUUUGGACACAAAAAACGUGUCGCUAGCUCGAGGGGACAUGAAAUUCGUCUCACUCUAAAGGAAGAAGACGAAAACGAAGAAGAAGACCACGGAGAAAGGGAAACCCAACCUUGGGCCAGAAACACAAGAACCACACUGAUAUAUCCUCAUCCGUGGACCAGAAAAUCCUACUCAAUCCAAUCUUCCCACUCCGUCCGUGUCUCCGAAACCUGACGAGGAACGAAAAAAAGGCUCAACACGCCCUUAAUCCGACAACACCCAAAGUGUGUGCAGUUCAAGACAGAUCAGCCUUGCCCACCGAAUUAAUUCUAGCCAAAGUGAACGCACCAGAAUAGCCGUGCUGCAACUGUCUGGCUUUUUAAGACUCUUGAAUUACUGAAAGUCGAGCCUCCCUGAAUUUUUCCCGCCAAAGCAAAAAGCCCGCGAACUCUGAAAAGAAAGUGCCCACAACAUUCAUAAAGAAGAACAAAAAAAGAACUUUGUAACCCCUUUGCGUUUUUCGCCGCGGUGAGCAGACCAUAAGAAGAAUAACGGAAAAGACAAAAGAAACCUUUUUCUACAGAGACAGAAUGAGUGCAAUUCAAACUUGUGUUUAUUCCCCAUAUCCAAGCUCGUUCGCUGUCUGAAGGUUCCAUUUUUAUUUGAAGAGAUCUUCUCGAGCCAUCCCUCCAGACAAAGAAGAAUAAGUGAGACAACUCCAUCAUCAUGUAUCAAUCCUGCGUGUUCAUUCUUUGUUCCUUGGUGCUUUUGGAACCUGCCAGACUAUAUGGCGCCGAGGGUAUCCGCUCAAGACAUCAACAUCACUACCAAAACUCAUUGCACAGGAGUGGUCCACAAACCAUGGAGUUGAUCAACGACCCAGAAAAAGAACCCAUGUUCGCUUCGGAUCUCCCACGCAACCUCACCGUCCAAUUGGGAGGGACGGCAUACCUCCCUUGUACAGUUCAUAAUUUGGGGAACAAAUCGGUAUCUUGGAUUCGCAAUCGAGAUACUCAUAUUCUUACUUCCGAUCGCGAUGUUUUCAUAGUAGACGAGCGUUUCUCGUCGCUUUAUAAUCCAGAUAGCAGCACGUGGACUUUACAAAUCAAAUAUGUCCAACCUCGAGAUGCUGGGAGUUACGAAUGUCAGGUGUCGACGUCGCCCAAGAAAAUGCACUUUUUCAACCUGGCUGUUGUGGUUCCCAAAGUCCGCAUCAUUGGCAAUAAAGACAUCCACGUCCAAGCUGGAAGCGAGGUCCAAUUGAAAUGUGUGGUUUCCCAAGCGGUGGAACAUCCAUCAUUUAUUGUUUGGUACCACAACGAUAAAAUGGUGGUGAGUUCAGGGCGUCGAUUCCCACGCUAUGAAACGCCCACCAGGGACUCCAGUAUAGGAACUUUCACCAUCUCGCAUGUGGUAAAGUCAGACGCCGGAAAUUACACGUGUCAACCCGCCAACCUUCAUUCGGCCAAGGUGUCGUUACACGUGGUCAAUGGAGAACUCUCUGAGCCGAGUAUUCAAGGCAGUGGAGGAGCCUUGUCCUUGUUGAUUCAUUCAGAACUGUUGUUCUGUUGCUCCUGACCUUGGCAACCCUGACAUCCAUCAUAAGAUGAUCAUGAGGACAACAAUAGUGGGAUAUAGAAAGGAAAGGCCAGCGGGUGAAUUCCAAGAAGCGAUUAAGUUUUGAUCGCAUAUCAUCAUCAAUCUACCGGACCUGUCAAGCGUUUUCGACAAAGAAAAGUCCAGGGGAAAAUGUGACAUCUCCCGUCGUUUCAUUCUCUUUCUGUCCUCUGGCUUCUUUUGGUGAGCUUGCAAGCUUCCCAAACAGUGCAAACAAGGUUUUUCACUGAUGAUCAAUUAUGGUCUUCUUGACAUGCUUACUACCUUUGGUCCAGUGGCAUGACGAAAGUGUUGGAGGUUGGUUCUGGAGUUAUUUUGCCAAGUUUUGGCACCAAGACCUCAGAGAGAGGGACGAGUACACGGGAAAGAGACUCCCACCUUUGGCGUGACACUAGACAUCAAGGUGACCACAAGAAAAGUUAUUGAUGUUCUUGACGCCCUUCCAGCACCUACCCACCCCCCUUCUUUUGGCCAGCUAAUUCCACGCUUUUCACCACUGUUAAAUGCUUCCACAGGUCGUUGAAGAGGCCAGAAAAAGAGUUCAGGCCAGUGACACCAAAGACAUAAAUCGAUAUCCAAGAAGAAAUGACUUCCCGUCAGGGUUGUGGUGUUGAACCCAAUGAAUGCACUUACUGGACGUAUCUGGACCGACGAAGUAGAGCAGAAGAAAUAUGGCGACAUCCUAAACUCCACUGAAAAUGUCAACGACAGUCGGUGAUAAAAAAGGAAGAAAAAAAAGUGUUGAUCAUAGUGGGAAAACUCCUGCGACCAAGAGUGGAAAGAAGCCUGACUGGUGGACUCCGCCGGCCUUAAAGAGUCCAAUAAUGUUGCGACCGAAAUCUCAAAAUAACCUCUUGAUGUGCGGUGGCUCGAGCAGCUCUGGAAUUAGAUUGCUCGUCCCUCCUCCACUCACUCCCCUCUUGACCACUCUGACACUUUCAUUUUGUUGACUCAAUCACGUUUGAGAAAUGGCUGUCCUUAAGAGGCUUAGAUUCCUCGUCACACUGUUUGUCAAGUCGCUAUUACGGCUAGGACUUCCAGAGGACCGGCCAUGGACAAUGGCUUCCAAUAAAAAUGGCUUUUGAGCCUUUGGGAAGGUCGCCGUCAUUCCUCUGGGAAGUAUUGGAAAGCUCAAGAUUAAACUUGAACAAUAACACCAGGCUACAUCGUCUCUCAUUUGACCUUGGGAAGAAGUGAAAUCCUAUUGCUUGCAGGUCGUUGGUGCUGAUUUCGUCAGAGCCGAAAGCCAUUUGCCGUCCCACUGCUCAUUGAAUGGCUUUGACAUUGUGUGGGCAGAUGAACUCAAAAGCUCAAAGAACUCAGAGUAAUGAAAAACCCCGACAUUGCUUGUCACGAGAGCGUGUGUGACUAAACCAAAAAGUCUUGUCCACUGAAAGGCACAUCAAAAGACCACCACUCAAAAAUAAGCGAGUCAGAUUGGUGCAAUACUAAUUUCAUUGCCACAUCCACUCACUCACUCACUCACUCACUCUACACAUGCCCAUGAAGGGAAUGGAAUUUGGAACACCAAAUAAUUGGGUCAACGCUUCCCCUCCUUCUUUCUACCCAUGUUCAAUGCGGAAUUAAAGUUUUGAGGCGAGCCUGCAGAGUGAGGAGAGGGACCCCGCCGCCAGUCGAUUGUUAUUACAUGCCAUCAUAUUUUGCAAAAUGUUCCACUUUCCCAAUUCCACUUCAGCCUCACGGGGGGAACGAAGGAAGAAAGGAGCGAGGAAUUUUCAAUGGUCUCUCACCCAUCUCUCAUGAAUGGUUGCGGUGAGGAGGGGCGAAAAAGAAUCCACAUCGACCAAGUCUGGCUUAGUGGUCAUCGAAUGGCUCCCAAAGAUACCACCGUACUUUCAAAUUCCAAUGGCAAGCGCCCGGAAGGAACGCCAAGUAUGGCUGAAAACGACGCGGGUGGAAAAGACCCUCGUUCAGAAAGAGAGAGAGAGAGAGAAAGAGCUCUCUCUGAUCUUUGAUGUCUUUCGUUCGAAUUUUCGCAAGCAGGAUUGCUGUUUGUCCCGUUUUGGAACGGGCAUGGUGUGACGAGAGUGGUUUUGAUUGAUCAUUUGGAAAAGUGAAAUGUUGAAUGUUUUCUGUUAAUUUUGGGCCAAUUUGUUUGGACUAAAAGUAUUGUACACUUGAACAAACAUUGAUUUGGAUUUGAACGCUAUUUAUCGAGCCCCCUUAUGUGUGUUAUUACACCUUACGAAGAUCUAAUUAAUCGAAUAGAGAUAUACACCCAUUACGGUAACGCAUAAUUACUGCUAUACGAGUCAUUUCUAAGUCAACAAUAAACAAACCAGUAGCUAUUUAUCUCA